UUUAUCGUUAUCAGAAACGUGUCAUUGAAAUGUGGUAGGUGGUUGGCCGCAUCGCAUUUCGAGGCGACUUGGGCGCGACGAGCUUUUCCAUGUUGGGAUGAGCCGGCAUUAAAAGCCACUUUCGAUAUCUCCAUAAAACAUCAUCAAAAUUACACAGCUUUAUCAAAUAUGCCGAUACGAGAACAAUCGGAUGACGACAACGAAGACGGCACAGUAUGGACGCACUUUGACACGACUCCCAUCAUGUCAACUUAUCUCGUGGCGUUUGUAGUGUCUGAUUACGUUCGUGUUCCUAAUGAAAAUGAGACAGUCAACAUGUGGUGCAGAUCAAAAUUGGCGCCGUACACAAAAUUUGCACAAGAAGUUGCCGAAAAAUCUGGACGACUAUUGACAGAAUAUACCAAUAGCACUGAUAAAGUUCCGAAAAUGGAUCACGUAGCGGUCCCACAAUUCACAGCUGGUGCCAUGGAAAAUUGGGGACUUAUUAUUUAUGUGUAAUAUAUAUGUUUUAAGAAAAAUGCCAAUAGAAUAACGCAUGUCUGUAUCAGUUCUCUUGCGUUACAUAAAUUGAAAAUUCUUUUUACUUUUGCUAAA